GGAAAUGUGGACGCGCACCUGUUUUAGAUGAAUUACGGUAGUCUAAACUGUCCCCCCUAACAUAUCCUACACAGACACAACCCGAGUAAUUCAACACUGAUUUCUCUCCGUAUGAGCGAGGGACAGACGGGAUGCAAAAAACUCCAGCGAGACUCAUCACUUGGACUCUUGGAAAGGUGACAUUUUGAAUAAACAAGACAAAGAAAGAACAAUACAAGCUGGGAAGAAGACGCGAAGAGGCACAAAAGCCGCGUGCUUUUUCUCCAUCAACUUCCAAGAAGCGCGACCAUGCAGUCCGUGAGCUAGUGCCCGAUUAUUGUUUCGACUUAUCACCAACUGAGUGAUCAGUUUGAGCAAGGAGGUCAAUACAAGAGAAAGGAAGAACUAAUAAACACUGUUGCCGUUGAAAGUAAUGGUCCUGCGAUAUCAAUCUUAGAUCAAGACUUUUUCCUCUUUUCGCUGCUCAUUUUUCAACGUUUUUGGACUCGCCGGGACAUCUGACUAAACCUGGAAGCGAGCUGCCCACAUGGUCCAGCCCGUAGCGUGAAAGUUGAGUUCUUCAGAAUAUCCGAACAGGUGCCACGUGAUGAUGGUAGAAUCAGCAACUGAGACCAUUCGAACAACGCCCUCCAAUCAAAAUGGAGUCAGCAGCCUGAGCAGCCAAUCGGAGAGCGGUGGCAGGGAUGGGGGGUCCAAUGGCGACGCAAACGGAGAGAUCAACCCAGUGGACUUACUGCAUCUCCAACAGCAGCAGGCUCUGCAGGCAGCGCGUCAGUUCCUCCUGCAACAGGCCACCGGCCUCAGCUCUCCCAGCAGCAACGAGGUGAAACAGAGCGCUGUGCAGGUGCCUGUGUCCAUGGCGAUGAUGACCCCACAGAUGAUCACUCCGCAGCAGAUGCAGCAGAUCCUCUCCCCCCCACAGCUACAGGCCCUUCUCCAGCAGCAACAGGCUCUCAUGCUGCAGCAGCUGCAGGAGUACUAUAAGAAACAGCAGGAGCAGCUUCACCUUCAACUUCUCACCCAGCAGCAGCAGCAGGCAGGGAAACAGGCCAAAGAGCUGCUGAAGCAGAUCAACUGCAGUAACGACAGGUCCAGGGCCAAACUCGCUGCAGACCAGUACAGGGCGAGAGCAGGGACAGAGCUGACCGAGGUCAGGGACGCUUCCCAGCCAGCUGUGUUUUGGCAGUUGGGCAGUAAGCAGCUGGCCUUCCAGCAGCAGUUGAUUCAGAUGCAGCAGUUGCAGCAGCAACACAUCCUCAACCUGCAGAGACAGGGACUCGUGGGCCUGCAGCCGGGACAGGGAGCUGUGCCCAUUCAGAGCCUGCAGCAAGCCAUGUGUCCCCCGGAGCUGCAGCAGCUGUGGAAGGACGUUGCGGGUGGCGUUGCGAGCGCAGAGGAGCCGGUGAAGCACGAGGGCCUGGACCUCAGCACCAACAGCUCCAACUCUACCUCAUACUCCAACGCCAAGGCCUCACCCCAGAUCCCACACCACCCACUGUCCAACGGACAGAACCCCCUACACACUCCAAAGAGAGACCGAGCAAGACUCUUUGAGUGGAUCUCAUCCUUCACCAAGGAGAGCAGCGACGAGCAUCUCACGCCUUACUCCAAAGGCUCCAAUGCCCACGCGCCCCAUGAGGAGCACUCCGGCACACACCCCCUCUACGGACACGGAGAGUGCAAGUGGCCUGGCUGUGAGGCGCUCUGCGAGGACAUGGGACAGUUCCUCAAACAUCUGAACAGUGAGCAUGCUCUCGAUGACCGCAGUACAGCCCAGUGCCGAGUGCAGAUGCAGGUGGUGCAGCAACUCGAGAUACAGCUGGCUAAGGAAAGUGAACGUUUGCAGGCUAUGAUGACCCAUCUUCACAUGCGCCCUUCAGAGCCAAAGCCUUUCAACCAACCUGUGAACCUGGCCUCCAGUGCUUCCCUGCUGAAGCGAGACAGUGAGGCGUACCCAGAGGGCUUACCUCACCCGCCCACCUCCGCGGCGGCACCAAUCACGCCGCUCCGCCAGGGCCCGUCCGUCAUUAGCUCCUCCUCCCUGCACGGCGUCGGGCCAAUCCGCAGACGCAACUCCGACAAGUACUGCACCCCCAUCGCUUCAGAGCUGGCGCAGAAUUGUGAAUUCUACAAGAACGCUGAUGUCAGACCCCCCUUCACCUAUGCCUCCCUUAUCCGGCAUGCCAUCCUGGAAGCUCCUGACCGCCAGCUGACGCUCAACGAGAUCUACAACUGGUUUACACGAAUGUUCGCCUACUUCAGACGAAACACGGCCACAUGGAAGAAUGCCGUGCGCCACAACCUGAGUCUGCAUAAGUGUUUUGUGCGCGUGGAGAAUGUUAAAGGAGCCGUGUGGACCGUGGAUGAAGUGGAAUACCAAAAGAGGAGACCACCAAAGAUGACCGGAAGCCCUACACUGGUGAAGAACAUGAUUUCUGGGCUCGGUUUCGGAUCCCUCAAUGCCAGCUACCAGGCAGCGCUUACAGAAAGCAGUUUGAGCCUGUUCAACAGCUCCACAAUGGCGGCGCUUGCGGAGAGCAGUCUGAGCCUGCUCAACAGCCCGUCUCUGGUCAACACCAGUGGCGGUGGCGGGAGCCUCAACAUGCUGCACGUUGGCCACGAUGACGUCAGUAGCACCGUGGAACAGGUCAACAGCAACGGCAGCUGCAGCCCUGGCCUGUCCCCACAGCAGUACGGCCACCAGGUGCAUGUGAAAGAGGAGCCUGCUGAGCUGGAGGAGGAUAGCCGGCCGGUGUCCCUGAUGGCCAGUGUGUCCCAGAACCUGAGCCUGCCCGCCGACGAGCGCGAUCUGGAGGAGGAGAUGCCCCCCGAGGAGCUGGAGUAGGAUUGGUCCACGCCCGGAGAGGGGGCGGGGCCUACCGGGCACCGCUGCUGACCCUUAGAGGAAGAGGAGGAGGAGGAGGAGGAGGAGGAGGGAUAAUGAAAUGACCACAAACAAGUGAGGAGGAGAAAAAAAAGAAAAAAACCAACAACAUCAAAUAAAACCAAAACAGGGUUAGACCUUACCUGCUCAUGAAUGCAAAAAUGACAGAACAGCCAUUUCACUUUAUGCCCCCAUGUUAGAACUGCCCCCUGCCCUUCAUUCUGUAAGUGUAAACACCCCCCACCCCCACCCUGGAUUGCCCAACAGAAGCUAUUGUCCACCACAGUUCCAUAGUUUCAGUAUCCAGGUGGAGUCACAGAGACGGUUGUCAUGGUAUCCAGAGGGAGUGUAGUUGUUAAGUUGUUGUUCGGUGCCGGUGUUGCUUUGGAACCAGAAAAAGUUCAAUAUACAUACAGGUGUGUGAGUGUUUGCUAGGCAACACAUAAGGUUGCCAUUUUUUGUAAGUCCCUAAGAGAUCUAACUCUGUUUUUUGUUUUCUUUUAAGUGGUAUUUUUGUUCUUUUUUUUUUUUUUUUUUUUUUGCCUCCAAACACUGCUUUUGCUUUUGGACAUAAAGGAAGGACAGUGGAGAUGUAAACGAGGGACGCUCAGACAGGGGGCCUCGUGACGAGGGGAAAGUGAGUGAUGCCAGGACAGUCAUCAGCCACACGAGGGUCUUGUUUUGCAACAAACCAGGACUCGAGCAGGACUCUGACCGCCACCUCCUCGUCUGCCUGAGGACCCCAGUAUUCCGUGUGUGUGUGUGUUUUUCUGAGAUCAGUGUGGGCAGGGUUGGGGCAACGUUAGCCUUGGAGACCAGGCAGACUGUUCGCCCCAGAGAUUGAGAGAGAGAGAGAGAGAGAGAGAGAAAGAAAAGAAA